UUGUGCUUGUGGAAUGUUGGUAGCCUCGUGUUGAGGAUUGUGCUGCUUGCCCUCCCUGCUUGCUGGUUGUAUUUUAUUAAAUAGCGUAGUUACCACACGGUGGCUUGCUACACUCAGUCGUGUCUAGUCUGUAUUUGCCGGUCGCGUUUGUAGUACCAACAUUGUCAUGUGUGGAGGUUGUGACCUAGUACUACACCGAAGUGUACGUUUGAAUUCAGUGCUUUAAAACCAUUGCUGACGUCUUCAGGGUGGAUAUUACAUUCCUGUCCCUUUCGUGAUGUGUGUAUGACAAAGCAAAGGAUUAACGUAAUAUGAAAAUCAAGUUAGUGUAACACAUGCCGGACAUACUGAAGAUUAUAUAUAACCUGCAAUGAGUGUUACAAAUAAUGACGCAUGAAGACAGUGUGGUGUUCUGUGGUGGAAUAAAGAUAUAGUGGCGAUUUUUCCCUCUUCCAAGAUUCUGUGUUUAUUGGAAGAUAAUUUAAUGUUCUAGUAAGUGCAUUAUUGGAAUACUUUUCAGUCAUUUACAAAGUGACAACAAUGUUUUUCCAUAGAAGAAUGUAUGUCGAAUAUCAGCCGAGCGUCUCGAAUUGGAAUAACAGUGGGCCGUUGCAGUAACGUGGCGCGCAAGUGACUGUCGGGAUGUAGGCAGUAUGCGUAGUAGCACUGUGAGUGCCCCAGUGCAGUCUUGCAGCUCUCCACUCACACCCUCAAGCAAGAAGUACGCUGCUGUGGAACUCCUCACCAAACAGACUCUCUACUUCAUUGUCGAGCCAAAGUCCAGAGCCAGAGAACUGUACGCCCAGACAUGUGCCCACCUCGGAAGCCAGGGAAUGCUAGACUGCGAACUCUUUGGCUUGGCAGUCGUGUCAGAUGGGGAGUACCUGUUUGUUGAUCCGGACAACAAGCUGACGAAAUAUGCACCAAAGAAUUGGAGGUCUUCCCACACUCAUGGAUUGGGCGGAAGCGGAAAACCUUCUCUCACAUUCUACUUCCGUGUCCAGUUCUACGUGGACAGCCCCUUGUUAUUCAGGGAUGAAGUUACAAGACACCAUUACUAUCUGCAGCUGCGCUCCAAUGUUCAGACAAGGGGUUUACUUCACGCGAACUCCACCGAGGAAGUUCUGUGCUUUCUGGCGGGGUAUGCCCUUCAAGCCGAUCUGGGGGACUUCGUGGAGGGAACCCACACGGGAACAUACUUCAAGCCCGAAGAGUACCUCCCUCAACAAAUGGUGUCUGGAGACCAGCAGUUCAUGCAGACAUUGUUGGCACUGCACAGGGAAAACCAUGGACUCAACAAUGCAGAAGCUGAGCUUCAGUACAUCCGAGAGGCAUCUUCAGCUGAAGUUUCUCCUCUCACUCACAAUGCACAUCUGUAUAGGCUCAAACACAAGAAACAAGAGGCAGGCCAUGGUUCAGUGUGGCUUGCCAUCUGUGCCAAGGGCAUUGAAAUAUAUGAGGAGAAUUCUGCCAAGACAUUAACAGCUACUUUCCUGUGGACUAAUAUUGGCAAGCUAUGUUUUGAUAGAAAGAAGUUUGAAAUUCGAGCACUCAACUGGCCUGCAUCAGGCGAGAAAUUCACCUUCUACACCAAUAGUGAUGAGAAGAGCAAACACCUCCUCUUUUUAUGUCGGGUCACACAUCAGUUCAGUAUGGCAAUACAGCCUCGUCUUUCUGAAGUUCGCCGUAAGGAAGAAGAAGAACGGAAACGCUACCGUGACUGCUACAUGUAUUCUCGUAGUCUUGGUGCUGAAUUUCCAUCACUGGCAAAACUAACAGGAAAUUACAAGGGACAUCAUAGUGACCAGAGAAUAUCUGUUAUCAGUAAUACAUCUUCUAACACAACUUCUGGCAUUGUAUCUGACCGUGUUCAAAGCUUGGAUGAGAGUGAGGAUGAUCUUGAAAUUGAAAUUAUGAUUAAUUCACCUCCUGCUCCAUCAGUUGAAUCAUUGGCAUUAGCACAUCUUAGGGAUGCUUCGGAUAUUCUGCAGGCCAGAGACUCGUCUGUUCCAUCCCCUUGCUCUCAUUGCCCCAAAGGUGGUGUUGAUGUGGAAGGUGGUACCUCACCGCUAGUGACUGGAAUUACAGCACAGAAGCAGUCUCCAAGUGGCAGCACAGGUGUAGGUGGGGCAGCAACCCCUGCAACUACAGAUGGUAGCCAGUGUUCCAGCUCAUGCUCCACUGUUGUAGUUGCUGGUGCCACACUUGCUAUUAGUAGUGGCGGUGCUGCAGGCAACAACUCUGUGGAUGUGAGGCGCCGCGCCAGCACCAGCAGCAGUCUAGAGCUCGGUUAUAGUCACACUGCACAGAACUCUGCAGUCUCUGACUCGGCAAGCACCUGCCCAGAGCUAGAACUUGACUAUUCUGUACAGAGUGCACAUACAAGUAGUGGCAUUUACACUCUUCGUAGCAGUUGUGGCACUACAGUUGACACUGUAGAAACCAACGCCUGCUCAUCCGAGACAAGCGGUGUCUAUGCUGUGUGUAGCACAAACAGUAUAGCCAAUACUUCAGACAGCUGUCACCACGCUGGUGGUGCUUGUUUGGUCAUGGGAACUUCACUAGACUCUAAUGUCAGAGUAAGGGCAAGAAGUGGUAGCAUUGCGGGAUCUGUGGUCAGUGGGUCAGGAAGUUUUCGAGGUGAUGGAAGUGAUCCUUCUGAAGCGGGUCCAAGAAGCCCACUUACAGCUGAAGAGUUAUCAGACUUAAUUGUUGGAAGAGGCAGUGGUAGUGCUAGUGGGCAUGCAAGUGGGGUCUAUCCAUCAAGAGCAACAGUAAGUGCCACGCUGGACUCCGACAGUGACUAUGUCACACUUCCGCCUCCCCCCAUGCCACCUCCACGUACAGAUAGUGACAAGAACUACUUGCUUUUGGAGACGGCUUCUGUGACAACUGCUUGCACAGUGACACCUGCUGCAUUGGUAUCUUCUGCGCUCAGCAUUGAAGAUGAGGCAGAAGAUAUGAUCUCUCCACCUCCACCACCUCCAUAUACUCCACAGCCUCUUUCCCAACAGAAUUUGCUUUCCCAGCAGAAAUCACUGGAACAUAUGCACUGUCAAAACUUGCAUCUUCUACCCCAAGUAGACCAGACACUAGGCAUUCUGACACAGCAGCAGCAGCAGCAGUUGUUGUUGAGUCAGACUCAGCAGCAUGUUCUGGUCCAACAGUCUCACUCAUUAUCGCCUCAACAAUCUGUGUGUUUGCUAACGCCUUCCCAUCAUCAGCCAUCAAUAAUGAACAUCUCACUGCCUGUGGAAGAAGCAAAUGCUCGGUUCAUCACCACCAAACCUCAUAUCAACAUCUUAACUGCACACACAAGCCUUGUAACAUCCACAGCUGCCCCAAGUUUUGCAGCACCCACGUUAGCAUAUCAUGUUUCCAGCAGCUAUAACAGUGGAAAUUCUGCCACAGCAAAUAGUCAGCAGUUGCAACUUUAUCCACCAGGGGAUGCCAGAAUGCAUGCUCCUAGUACUGUGAAGAAUGUUGGAAGUCCACGUGGGGUUCAUGUGCUACCGCAGCAACAUGCUGGUAGUGGAUCAUCAUUUGUAAGUUACUCUGGUCUGGCAGACCCAGGCGCCAAGAUGAAACUUAGUCCUGUACAGACAUUAGUACCAAUCAUUGGGAAGAACAACUAUCUUGAUGUCCACGCAUCUAGAACCAAUGCUACUGCACAGUCAACAGCUGCAUACCUACGACCCACAGUCGCUAUGUCACCACCUCCACCCCCACCUCCACCGCCACCUCCGCCACCAUCAUCAUCGUCAUACCAGUGUCGUCAGCGCCAGUUCUCACCACCACCUCCACCACCAGUUCAUCAUCCACGACAGCCCCCUCCCCCUCCUCCUCCCACUUCAAGCCAGCCAAGUCUGGCAACAGUUUACACCAGUCAGGUGACAAGAAGUCAGAUCGAACAGUUCCAGCAACAGAUGUACUCUGAUGUUGACUAUGUUAUCUACCCAAUGAAAGAUCCAGCCAUCAGUAAACAGGAAUACAUGGAUGCUAAACAGGGCUCCCUUAUUGCACAUGCUGCAGCCAUGCACUACCCAUACCAGCAACUGCCAUAUCCACCACCCCCAUACCCUUCAUAUCGUGCUGGUCCAAAGAACCACCUCAUGUACCGUAGUACCCCUAAUGUAGCAGUUGCUAGUGGGUAUCUACCUGUUGCUUUUGGAAAUUCCAGUAUACAGUCUGCAUCCCCUUCUCCAAUUAAAUUUGCAUCAAAUCAGAAUUUAUCAUCAGUAGAACCAUUAAGUGGAUAUGCAAGUUUUUCGCCAUCAUCCUAUCUCUCUGCUAGUCACUUCUCCUCUGCUUCCCCCCUCUACUCAGCUGGCACAUCAUAUUCAUCAUCAUCAACAAAGAGCCUGAGAUAUGAACCUCCAGUCCCACCCUUCUCUUCCAGUGUUGCUGACUUGCGUCACAUGAACCUCUCAAAGCUUCUCCCUUCUUCUACUUCUCAACCUCCAAUUGGUGGAUUUGGAAGAGCACAAUCUGAUGACAACAUUCUUAACUCAUAUGAGAAGCCUAGUAAUGGACAAAACUUGUUGGAGAGACCCAAGUACAGACGAUUACCACCACCUCCACCUCCACCACCAUAUGACCAACAGGUGACUGAGAAAAUCGCAACAAAACUUCAGCCUGCAAUGCCUUUGGAGCCUUCAAAGGCGCCUGCAGCUAACGAUGAUGAAGAAGGCAUGUUGGAUAUUCGAACACUAAGAGAGAAGAGCAAAAAUCUAGAUUUGCCACUAAUAUCUGCUCUCUGCAAUGAUCGUUCUCUUCUGAAACAGACAAAUGCAUUUGUUAUGCCUCGGCACCCCGGACCUGGUGGAAAACGAGGAGGAGGAAGGUGCCAAAGGCCUGUUUCAUGGCAUGUUGAGACUGGAUCCAAAGUUGGUUUGGUGAGCCCAGAAGGGAAAACAACAGUUUCAGACAGUAGUAGUUCAGUGAACACUGAUAUCAGUGGAACUGGUAAACCUCAGAAAUCUAUGCUUUUACCUUCAUUAUUAGCUAACAAAUCAUUAUCAUCAGGAAACAAACACUCUUCAUAUAGUAGCAGUAAACACAAGUAUCCUGUGUCAGGUUUGUCUACCACUCAGAUAUCAAAGCCUCAAAGGAAAGUGUCUGCAAGUACCCACACACAUCCAACCCAUCCCCAGGACAACAUGAAAGUGACACAUGGAAAUAUAAACAGUUCUGCAGCAGUGAGAAGUGGCCAAUCUGCAGUUAAUGUUAAAUUAGGAGUAAGUGGCAGCACAAGCAAGCAACAUCGAGAUGUUGUCUUACCAUGAGAGAACACUACUGGCAUGCCUGAAUCAUAUGAUUGUAUGCAUAUUAUCACAGGAAUGCAUAUAAUUAAGUGGUAGUUUAGAUUCUAAUUGCUUGUUGGACUAACCAUUUAUAGUUAAAACAGCCAGUGACAUGGAAUUUGAAAUUGGUACAGAUUUUCUGUCCUGUUGAUCUAUUUUAUGAAAAUGGCUCAGUAUGAUAUAGAUCACAGAAAUUGGAAUAAUUGAAAUUUCAAGAUUUGAUGAGUUCAGUGCUGUCAUAGGCAGUAGAUUGCGCUUAACUUCAUCAUGUGUAUAAUUAUUAAGAUAUAAAUCUGAAUUGUGACAAUUUACAAAUCUUUAUUAGACACUUUUUGAGGCUAUUGUGGUACUGAUUCAGUUUAGCUUGCAAUAAAUACAGUUUUACUCUGUGCUUAAGAUUCAUACCACACUUUAUAACAAAACAUCAGUUAAUCAACUAGCUAUUGGAUAUUUUAUUUAAUAAACACAACAGCAUGGUUGUGUUCUGCUGCAUCAGUAUGUUACGGUGAAGCUUUACUGUACACAUACCAUGUAACAGCAGUACUGGAUUUAUGUAUAAGCAAAAUAAGCUACAGCGUAAGGACCUCCAAAUUGUGAGAAGAAAGACCACCCCAAGACAACAAAACAUUUGUACAUGUCUCAAUAUAAAUUGCUGAGUGCAUCUUGUCUGGUAGGAAUGAUGGAAACAACAGAUAUAGAAAACUCCUUUCACAGUUGGAACAAAUUAGGAUGUGACAUUGCUCUGUGCAGUUGUUGCCAAGCAAUAUAUGUGUGCAGUUUCAUGUGCACGGAUAUACCUGGUGUACUUAAAUAAAAAAAAAAAUUGGUGUUGCCAUGUUUAUUAUAGUGUAGGUUAUCAUGGAGUCUUACUCCAGCCAACCAUAACAGAAUUGCAAGUGAAUACAAAUAAUUCAGUUACACAGUAUGUACACAAGCAGGCACUAUUUCUUAAUGGUCGUAUUAUUCUCUAGUUCAAACAUGACAGUUAAAUAAAAAUGUUUAUGUAGUUAUGAGUAAAAAAUAUAUUAAGCUGCAGAAAAUUCAGUUUCAUAAGGUAAGCAGUAAAAUGGAAGUAAAAUUAAAAUUUUGCAACACAAUAAAAAAGGUUAUUAAGAGAAAUUUUUAUAAACAAAUGUAAUCAGAAACAAAAAUAAGAAGAGAUAAUGAGAUCAUGACAAGAGCUACUUUGAGACGUGGUCCUUGAAAGCGCAAAAAUGAGGUUUCUCAAACUUUUACUGGUUAUUAGAAAAUUAGAUCAUGAAUAGAAUAUUAAAAUCACAGUAAUUAAAUGUGUAAAAUAUUAUCAGUGAAAUGUGAAGGCUACUGAACAAUUGAUUACAUACAUAUGCCUAAUAAAAAUAAAUAGAAUACCAUUGUAGGCACUGGAAUGCAAAUCACUGGUGCAAGGAGAUCCUGGACUUCUGAAGAGAAGAUGGAGGGAGCAGUUACACCUGGGAGCUUUAGGAACAGGCACAUAAGUCUAAUACUGCAUAGAUCAUGAUGAUGAAGAGUAACUCUCCCUUUCACUGUUUAUUUUUAUUUUAUUUUAUUUUACAAUGCUGUCAUUUUUGCAGACUUAGCAUCAAAUGAUAGGGUGACUGGGGAACACUAAAUUGUAAAGUAUUUGGAAGGACUUGAUUGUGGCCUAAUUGAGGUACUGUUACAGCAUUUUCCUGGGAGAACUGAGAAAAACCACAAAAACCUCAGGAUAGCUGAUGUCCUGGCCAAGGUUUAAAUAGUACUGCUACACCAUCCUGCUUGCUGAUGAACAGUAUUUUAUAGAAUACAAAACCACACAUUUUGUCAGUGUUGUGGUUACUGAAACAUAACAUGUAUAAAAUGUGCAUAUGUGUUAAUGUUACUGUUCCCAGAUAUCAUUUCAUAUUUUGGCUGUGGCAAGACUAUUGAUUUACAUUUACAUUGAUUUAGAAGUUUAAUUAAAGUUGAUGUGGUAUUGAUAGUUAUGCAAGAUUUCAUUGAAUGUUCUAAAUUAAUUUAAUGGUUGUUUAACUACUUACCUGAUGUUUCUUUCCUGAAAAUCGACCCCAGAAGAAUAAUGUCUUAUAUUUCACUUUAGAUUGUGUCACUGUACAAUUUCAAAUAAAGUUAUACAUUAGUCACAACAGUUCAAAUGUUAGUGGUAUACUGACAUAAUUAUCCUAGAUCAGGCUGGCCAGUGUAUAAACACAACAGUUCUCAGUGAAGUACUUGAACUGUGAUGAUAAUGUCACAUUUCUUCAGGAGUGUGACUAUAUACGGGGUAUGUAUUGGCAAAUUGAUGUAUUGACAACUUGUACACAUUACUUGGAACUACAAGUAAUUACAGUGUUAUCACUAAUCUCCACAUUGUACAGAGCACCACAGCAUCUGCUAAGCCUUUUCCAUACUGCUGUAUCUUCAACAGCUGUUCCCUAGCAAUGGCUUCUAACAGUGGAGAUUCUUCAGCUUCCUGCAACCUCGUGUCACAGUUGCCCAUGCAGAACUUGUUAACUGACAACCCAGCUAACUGGGUCUCAGGCUGGCAGUCAUUACACACCAACCUCGAGGUCUUCUCUUCACAGGCUGACUUUCAACUGACAAAUGAACACUCUCAUUCACCAACCAGCUACUUCACGUCACUUCACUCAACUGAACUGCUGGCAACUCUCUCUCUCUCUGUCAACAACCAUCUACUUCAUGUCACUCCACUCAACUGAAUCGCUGACAGCUCUUAACUCCAGAACUCAACUGACCCUGCUUAUAACAUUUCAGCAGGAACCACAUAGAAAACGCUGUUUCCAGUGUUAUAGUCCGACAAUACCUUGACCGUUGCAUGCAUAUCCAUUGCCGUGGGAACAUGUUUACCAAGCAGUUGCCUAGUGAUAGACCGGGUAUUAUUGACAUGUUUGCUGGCUGUUAUCAGGCAACAUGUUCCUUCUUGAAAUCAUUGAACAGCAACAGCUAUCUUCAUUUGUUGCAUCCUGUUGUGUGUUCCAGAUAUAUAUAGGAAUUAGGUUAACUGUCAA